UGACGUCAUACACGCGACCAAAACAUAUCCUUUGCGUCGUUUAGGUGCCAAGCUGAUUGUUCGUCAUGUAUGGUUGUUCUUUGUGGCUACACGUCGUAAUUUCACACUGACAAUGAUUUCAGUGAGUUAUAUUCUGUUGUGUGGACAGUUCUUACUCCUGCUGACGGUGAUUCUGUUGCAAUGUCUGGACGGAAUUCACUCUCAAAACUCAACGACCACAGAAACGCCCGCUGCGUCUCCCGGUCCGGGGGCGACGUCGGUCCCGUUCAGCGAGCAGACGACAGACUCGGUGAAAAAUGAAAUACCGGUAGAAAGUACGAACUAUACAGAGACGUACGAGUACAAACCACCAUCACCAGUGGUCCUCUGCAGCUAUCUACCAGAGGAGUUCAUCUACUGCCAAGACCCAGUAGAUCAUGCAGGCAACAGCAGUGCCUAUCUGGAGAUGGGCCACGGUUGUGUUUGGUGGGGAGGCCAGACUCAAAAAGAGGUGAACCACACACCAGUGAUCUGCACUGCUCUGGAUGAUAUAGAGUGUGCUGGACCCAGAGAAUUCCUCAGAGGAAACGUACCGUGCAUCAAAUAUACCGGGCAUUAUUUCAUCACCACGCUGCUGUAUUCCUUCUUCCUCGGUUGUUUCGGCGUCGAUCGUUUCUGCCUGGGCCACACCGGCACUGCCGUUGGGAAGCUGUUAACCCUUGGAGGCCUGGGAAUCUGGUGGUUUGUGGACUUGAUCCUGCUCAUCACCGGUGGUCUGAUGCCCAGCGAUUACAGCAACUGGUGCACCUACUACUGAGACCGGCAGCAGAGUGAGACCAACAGCAGAGUGAGACAGACAGCGGAGUGGGACCGAAGGCUUCCCAUUCUGAAAUCAUCUGUUAGAUAUCAAGAACUCCAGGGACGUGGUCUCAGCCUGCCAUGAUUCUGAAUCCUUGUGCUGGUCCGCCCCAUGGGGGAUUUUUAGCUCGGCUGUGCAAAGUGGAGUCCAGGAACUUCCUGAGGACUCGUACAAGGUUCCAUUCUAAUUGUAUUCACUUUAAAUAUCCUACUUUGAGAUUGCAUAACAAAGACCGUACUUGCAGUUUUCAGAAAAAGGUGGUAAUGGCAUUUUAUAGGUAAGGUUACUUUAGAACCAAACGUUCGGUUACAUUGACCCGUGCCAAGAACAAAAGCAUACAUUGUUGCCAAAAGGCCGGGCUUAGUGCACAUGAAAUUCAGGGUGAUGUACGUCUGAUCACCCAUCUUGAAUUCCUUGGUUGGUACCAACGUUCGGCCCAAAUGGUCUGUUAAUGUUAGGUCUUUAUAGACCCUGUCUCAAACCUCAAAAAUGGCAUCUAUAAGAGCCCCCCAAAUCAUCUCCAACACGUUUUAUAUUAAGGAUUAAAAAAUCUGGAUGAUGAAGUCACAACAGCCAAUGGCAGACAGCUCAGCUAAUGUUAGCUUGUAUACUGCUGGAGACUGAAAGCUGAAAGUCAACAUCUCACCGCUGGUUCUGACUGAAAAAACAAAAACCUUUUGAAUUGUUUAACUUACUUAAAAGCAUACCUACAGCCAGAUGCACCAACUGAUUUACUUGAGAUAUACAUACGAUUGAUUAUUUUUCGGCUAAUGGUCUGAAGAUGGUCUAAAUAGCAGUCUAGUCCUUGUUGCUUGCUUUUACACCACAAACGAAACACAGCAAAAUUUCUGGAACUACUGAUUCAGAGCAGAGGUUUUUAAUUGGACAGAUGAAGUCACCUGUUGAACAAACUCUGACUUCUUUUCAUCGUCAAAACAUGAGAGAAAAUGUCGGCAUUGUGGGACUUGUACGCAUCUAUAGUUAUCAGUUAAUUCUAUUUAAGCUCUUUGUGAUAAAGGAUAGAAGCAUACUGCUCAGAAAGAUGCAACCUGAAUAAAUCUCAUUCAGUAAGCUUCAUGUGACAUCACAGAGAAAGUCACCUCGCUGUUUGUCCAUACUUCAGCUCUCACAAGCAGACCCAAAACCGAGAGGCAACAGUGUGUUUUUUUCAGUUUUUCCUGCUUUUCCUGUUUUGUCCAAAUGAAGUGAACAACAAUGGGGCUCUGGUGGUGUAGUGGUAGGUCCGUACUGUGGUCCUCCAGGAGUGGCCAGGGUUCAAAACAGACCUAUGGCUCCUAUUCCCACAUGUCAUUACCCACUCUCUCUCUCUCUCCCCAAUGUAUCACUGUCCACUGUCCUACCUCUACAAUAAAGACACAAAAAGCCCAAAAAACAUUUAAAAAGAAAGAAUUGAACAACAGGAGUGAAAGUCACCAAAAGUCCUCCAAAACGUUCUGAAAGUAAAACAUGAAUCCUGUCAGGGUGUGCUGCCCCAGUUUGAGAAGAAGUUCUCUGAUCCUGGGAAGUUUGUGGAUUUAUAAAUGUCUGGUAUAAAAAUCUGAGGAAAUACUCAAGACUACCGACAUGAGGAAUAUACAUUUAUAAAGAUACGCUGGGCAUUGUCUGGGCUGGACAAAAAUACACUUCCUGUUUCCCUUUUAAUCCACAUUACCGUGUCUACAGUGUCUGUGGCCUUAUUUAUGUUUGCCUCUCACUCUGUAGUGAUGCACUGUGCAGGUGACAGCCACCUUCCAUUUAAACUCUGAGAAGUGAUCUUAGAAAUAUCCUGCAGUUUAUUAAGGGCAACCUCCUACACGUGCUCAUGAUCUGAGCUUUCCUUCUUCAGAUGACCCUUUAGCAGAGUUCUCCUCUAUCGGAGGCAUUCAGAUCUUUCUGCUGCUUUAGUGUGUUUCAGCAUUUCUCUGAGUGAUUAACAACACAGCCUCAAGCAGAGAGGAAGAUACAACCUGAGAUGGACAGUGUUCACACAAGUCGUCAGGCUGUGAUUUAUUGUUUUUUAAGUUUUGACUUGAAUGUCAGGAACUCCUCGAGUGCUGUACAGGAGCAGUCAGGUGUCGAGUCUGACCUGAAUGUCUCAAACGAAAACAAAUCUUGAUCUUCAUUGACCUUCUCGAGGCACGGCUCUCUUGAGAAUUAAAAUCUUAAUUCUUUACUAAAUUUUUUGUCUUUGCCUGAGCUGAAGGUUUAUAAGCUCAUUCACAGGUAGAGCAGGUUUCAUUGUCGAAGGACCCAUAAGAGAUCAUCAAAAGUUAAAGAAGACGUUAUCAUUUUUAGCAGGCGAUAUAUUUUCAGCUUGCGGAACAUCUUAAAGGUCACUCAUUCUCCUCCUUUUCAUCAAGUUUAAAUAAGUCUCAGAGCUCCUCAAAGCAUGUGUGUGAAGUUUCUUGUUCUAAAUCCACUCUGAUCCUGUAUUUGAUCAUGUCUAUAAACCCCUCUAUUUCAGCCCUGCUCAGAACAGGCUGUUUCUGUGUCUGUACCUUUAAAUAUGUAAAUGAGCUGUGUCUGACCACACCCCCUCUCUGGAAAGGCUUGGUGGCUCUGGCUUUCUCGCUCCAUGUCCUCUUGUUUACGGGGAGAAGGCAGAACAAACACCUAGCUGUGGGAGUGUCACCCACCUGAGGGAGGGGUUACUGCCCUUUGUGAUGUCAUGAAGGGAAAAUCUCCAAACGGCCUGUUUGAGCACACAUUUUCUGAAAAGUGGAGCAGGAAAAAGAUGAGGAGGAUGGACUUUUCUCAUCAUUGGGGGGUGUGUAGACGGACUAGAGACACAUAUUAGUGUUAGAGAAACAUGGUGAAGUGUAUUUUAAAUAACAUGACCUUUAAAUUGUUGAAAACAUUCAGACGUGACAUCAAAUACUGCAGCUUUAAUUCACUAGUGGAAAUUCAUAUCACAGUUGUCAACAUAUGUUCAGAGAGUUUUUCAAACAUGAAACCUUUCCUUUUAUUUGAUGGAAUUUUUUGUUCCAUUCCAUGUUAAGGUCUAAACCAAGCAGAAUCGCCCCCAAUCUGUAAAAAGUCUGUGAGUUCAUUUGACCUUGUAAAAUAUUGUAUAUUGUAUUUAUCUUAAGCUUAAGAAGCUUUGCUUGGUAAGUGUUUCAUUUUUUACAUGAACUGUUUCAUCCACGUCUCUUUAUUUAUUUGCCUUUUUUUGUGAUGAAAAAAAGUUUCUGGUUUCUUUGUAAUGUUGAUCUGAUCUUUUCUUGCAAUCGUUACUCGCUCGAUUCUCAUGAAAUAAAAGAACUCAGAUAAAAACACUGAUUGUAGAUCUA